GGGAUGCUCGUCUGUUUGGUGUGGUGACAUACACCUCUGUUUGUCCCUGGUGUGAAUAAGAGUUCGGAAAUACUCAACUUGAUUCACUGGUACUGUCUUGGAACAGUAAAAGCUGAAAAUUUAUAGAUAUCUUUUUUCUCUUGGGUAUUUUUGCUUAAGUACCUCCAGGUAACGGAAAUUACACUGAAGAACAUGCUAGCACUACUUGCAGAGAUAUGAAAAAUAAGCCUCUUUGUGUCCCUUUAUCUCUGGUUUGUUGAAAGCAUCCAUUCUGACACACGGAGAAUUGCAGAAUAAGUUUUUCUAGACUAAUACAUAUAUGUAUAUGUAUGUAUGUAUGUAGAGAUACACAUAUGAAAAUUCAGUCAGCUUCAUCACACAGGGUAUAAUAUACCCCCAGCACAUCCCCAGACAAGGAACAUUGUUUUGCAUACUAGCAGAAAUGUGAAAAUAAAGGUGUCUGUGUGAAACACAGCCUCGGUCUUGCUGCAGCACUGCCAGGGCAGCUCUCAGCAUGCGGCGAGGGAGCAGCCAGCAGCAGCCAGCACUGCUGCCUAUGCAGGACGAUGGCACUUCCAUGGACAGAGGCCCAGCUGCUGCCCGGCGAUGGACGGCUGUUGAAGCUCCUGGUUGGCACCUCUCACAGCACCAGGUCACACCAGCGGCUGCGCGGUUUGGCACACAGCUGCAUGCAUUUGCUUUUGAUGCAGUUUUUAGUGCCGGAUCUGCUGAAGUGGCUGCGUGCUGCCCAUUAGCAGUGUCAGUGCUACAUCUCUGGGAUCCUCCUGGAUGUGACAGUGAGAAUGAGCGGUGUGAUGCAGCUCAGCAUAUGCACGUGGUUACUUUAGAACUCGAAGCCUUCAGACUAUGAGAUUAAUUCUGUGAUCUCUGCUCGUUUGUGCAGGCCCAGAGAGGUGGAGGAGAAAAGACCUGGCAUCAAGAUCUCUGCAGGAGCCGAAGUUACUGACCGUGUGGAUCUCUUCCAUUUUGGGUCAGAAAAUGCAUCUGAGAUAGAAACACCCGGAGAAACUGUGCUGGAGAAAAACUGUCAUUUUCUUGCUGGAAGAGACCAAUUCUGGACAGCUAGAGAUGGUUAACAUCCAGAUUUGUGCCUAUCACAAGAAGGAAAACCUUACAACUGGAAAAGCUUCUCUCAGUGAAGACCUGUUUAUUGGUUGUAUCGUGAAGUGCAGGCAUUUUGCACGUUCCUAGCCAUGCAGAAAUACAUUCCUCAACACAGGUCCUUAAGAGUAAGCUUGCUCACUGUGCCAAACAAACAGGCAGGUGCUUUUGCCUGUGCAGGAACUCACUGAAGCACAGAGAAUACAUCUCUGAGAGAGCUUGGGGGAAAUCUGUGAUAAAUCCCAGUGAGAUUUCCUGCAGAAGGUGAGAUACAAGCACCAGGCCUGUCCAGCUGACAUGCUGAACAGCCUGUUACACUGCUUUCACUGGACUGAAGGCUACGUCGCAUGUCAAAGCAGGGCAAUACUAUCCAGAGGUGGUUUUAAAUUAGUAGUUUAUAUCCUAUGGUAAAUUGGAAAAAUUGCAAUUUACCAAGGACACGAAGAUAUUUUCUCUAUGUCAAUGUUCUGAUUUAAUGGCUAAAUUACAAUUUAACACAUCAUAAAAAUGUGAUCUUCUAUCAUCUGCUAACAUCAUUAAUAUCAGUUAAUGCAGAUGUCCAUAUUUAUUACUAACAUAUACUUCUUUCAUUUUCAGCAAUAUCAAAAGCUAAGCCAGUCUUAUUACCCACUUUUGGAAUGUCUGACCCAAGAUCAUGUGGAUUUCAUUACCAGCUUAGAGCCUCAUGUCCUUACCUCAGUGUCUGGAGGACUUACUGCUCGAGGAGGGAAGAUGAGCUUCUUGCACCCGGCCCUGGAUCAGUGCCUGCAGUGAGGGGCAGGUUUCUUGAAUGAAUGAAACCAGUGCUCAGCAAUAAUUCCCCAACAUGAUGGAGCACGGGCAGCUGUGAGCUCACGGAUCUGCAGCCAUAGGAGACAGAAAAUUGCAGGCAAGUUUACAUUGCAGCUGGAGUUAAGAUACCCAGUGCAGGAGGAAAAUGUGCCUGGAGCAAGUUAAAUUUCUAUAUAAAACAAAUUAGAAAUUUUAUAGACAUGGCAUUUGUUUAGAGUAAAUUAAUUGACCAAACAGAAACCAAGCUUGAUGUUCCAGAGGAAGAAUUUAUUCCACGUAAGUAAAACUCAGUAUACUUCAUUUUUAUAUAACUUAAGGCUUUCUGCAUGUAUUUGAAGGACUCUACCCUGCAAGCUGCAGGCAGACCUGUGUGCUGGGUGGGAGAUGUGAGCAAUGGCUGCCAUUCCCACAGGAGCUUGAAGGAUCAGAGCAUCUUUAAAACAUAAAUGCAUUACCUGGGCAUGGCUUUAACACUCUUAAAUAAGGGCUGAACCCAAUUUUAUAUUAACAUUUCUUGUAUCUUGCAGUUACCUCUGUCUUUCAUUGGAAUGAAUAAGACAAGAACCAGACCUGCAGCAUAUGGUGUCAUCCGUGUUUGGAAGGAGGAAAACAGGACUGUGGAGUUCAUUCGGGUUUGUGGAAGCAGCAGUUAGAGAUUUAUCCAGAAGAGCAGAGCAAAUACUGAAAUAAUCUCCGGAGAUGUUCUGCAGAUAUUUCUGCUUCUUCAGUCUGUGUCUUUUCCUUCAAACACAAAGGAAAUGCUCACUUGGACGUGUGUCCAGUUUGGGUGGCAGUGACGCAGCAUCCCUCCCUGGAUUUAAGAACCUCACGAUGGGAUACAACAAAUACCUCAGGCCCUACUUUGGUGGAGAACCUGUUCAAAUUGCAAUGAGCCUGGACGUUGCAAGUAUUUCUAGUGUAUCUGAGAGUGACAUGGAUUACACAGCCACCAUCUACCUGCGGCAGCGCUGGACAGACCCACGCUUAGUCUUUCAUGGCAACAAGAGCUUCACGCUGGAUGCUCGUCUAGUGGAAUUGCUCUGGGUACCAGACACGUACAUCGUGGAGUCAAAAAGGUCCUUCCUGCACGAUGUCACUGUGGGGAACCGCCUCAUCAGAUUGUUCUCUAAUGGCACUAUCUUGUACGCCUUAAGAAUUACUACUACAGUUGCUUGUAACAUGGACCUGUCAAAGUAUCCCAUGGACACACAGACAUGCAGACUGCAGCUAGAGAGCUGGGGAUAUGAUGAAAAUGAUGUCAUCUUCACGUGGCUGAGAGGAAAUGACUCUGUCCACGGCAUAGAAAAGUUGCGGCUCUCUCAGUACACAGUGGAACGUUACUACACCCUCAUCUCAAAGUCACAGCAGGAAACGGGCAGUUACCCAAGACUGAUACUGCAGUUUGAGCUGAGAAGAAAUGUUCUUUAUUUCAUCUUGGAGACCUACGUGCCAUCUACUCUGCUUGUUAUGUUGUCCUGGGUUUCUUUUUGGAUCACGCUGGAUUCAGUGCCUGCAAGGACCUGCAUUGGAGUAACAACUGUGCUUUCCAUGACAACUCUGAUGAUCGGCUCACGAAGUUCGCUUUCAAAAACCAACUGUUUUAUUAAGGCCAUUGAUGUUUACCUCGGCAUCUGCUUCACCUUCAUCUUUGGUGCCCUUGUGGAAUAUGCAGUGGCUCACUACAGCUCAUCACAAAAACAUACAGCUAAAACACCUCGAGAGGGGCCUGCAAAUGAACUUACUAAAGAAAAGGAAGAAAUCAACAUCACUGGAAUCCUCAGCAGCUCCAUCACCAGCUAUAAGCAGCAAAUUGGUUUUACAGGCAUUGAGAUUUCCAGUGAUAAUAUUAACUGCAGUGACCUGACUAUGAAAACUCAUGAGAAAAUCAAAUGCUUCUUGAGAAACAAAAUGUACAGGAUUAUCGGUUAUUUCACAAUUCAGAACCCCAGUAAUGUAGACCACUACUCCAAAUUGCUUUUUCCAUUGUUUUUUAUGCUGGUCAAUGUGUUUUAUUGGGCUUAUUAUUUAUAUUUUUAGCAGGAAUGGGUUUUUGUGUUCUCUUAGUGGGAAAGGAAUCCUGCCAAUGGUCAUCUAGCUAUCUAAUCUCUGUGAAUCCUCAGUGAAGCACAGACAAAAUGUUCUGUGUUUCCUGAGGUCUGGAGCAAAAGAGUGGGUGGGGUAUGUGAGAUACAAAGCCUUCAUGCUUCAGCAUUAGCAACAGUGACUCUGGACACUUGCUUGUCCUGCUGAGUGGCUUUGCUGGGCUUUUGGCUGGUAUGGGCUCUUCAUUCCAACAUUCAGCCUCUUUGGCUGGGGAUGGAUAUGUAGGACUGCAUGUGGCAGUCCACAGAUUACCAGAGGUAGCAAAAUUAUCCUGAUAACCUGAAGUGGACUGGAACCUUCUAGUUUAGAUCUUUAUGAGGAUGUAUGAUUAUAGCUGUUCUUCUGUGUUUGCCAGAGAUAACAGUAACAGAGGGACUGUGACUGCCAUCUCAACAGCUCCUCUGUUCAAGUAAGUGAACCCAAAGGCAGCAGUGUGCUGUGCGCAGAGGAGUGGCUCCCGUGCAUGGCACUUCCCUGUCCCAGGGGUGAUGCAGCACCAGAGCAGUGAUUUCAGUGAUGCUGGCAGCAGCAAAGUGCUAUGCCUUGCUGUUUUUAAUACCUGGCAGACUUGGUGAGGUAAUCCUCAUUUGCUGAAGACAGAUUCAUGAGACAGAUGGAUGGGCUCUUCAUUUGUAAAGGUGUUUUGUUGUUGUUGUUUGUUUUUUGCUUUUUUUUCCCCAGAAAUUUGGGUACAGGGUCUACAGGCAACAAAAGCCUUUUAUAAAGCAUCUCAUGCUUUCCCUGUUGUGCUGCUGGCUGUUGUGCUACAGUUGAGCAGACUUCACUCCCUUCCAUGUCUUCCUCACAAAUAGAUUGAUUUUCAUUCUGGAGAGUGCCUUCAGUUUUCACUCUUAUAAGCAGCCCUUGUUUCCUGCCAGUCGUGCAGAAGUGGCCAGUUUGCUGUCCCUCCUUAUAUAUGGCUCUGCAGCUGUGGUGAGUCAGCAGUUCUGUUGGGUGAAAAAUCCAUGAGUGGGGCUAAAAGGCACAAUGAUCCAAAUCAGCUUUUUCCUUUCUGUUUAAGUCUGAAAAGUUUCUGCAGAAAUUCAUAUCCUAAGCAGGCCCUGGAAACUGCCAGUUGGCUUUACUUACACUGCAGCUAGCAAUAGAAAUAAAUAUGAGGCACAUCCUUCAAAUGCUAAAUAUUUGGGAACCAAAUGGCACUUGGUACUAUGUAUCUUCAGACUAUUGGAAGGGUCUUCAUUUCCAAAGUUUAAAAUCAACGUGUGUAGCAUGCUUUUUUCCCUCCUUUUUAGUUUAUGCAACUUGCAUUGCUUUGAGGGUAUAGUCUUGCAGUUUCAUAGGCAAAAAAGUAAUUGACUGUAGUGGCUGCCAGUCAGCAGGAGUUUGGGCUGAAUGAGGUCUCAGCAUGCAGUUCAUAUUCUAAUCUCAUGCCUGCAUGAGUCUUACUGGGACUUGCUAUAGAAAGUGGGCAAAGCACGUGAAACGAUAGAUUAUUUUUUUUAACUUUAAUAACUUGUUAUUGAACCACCUCACCACGCUAUAUUGUGGAGGAUCUAAGCCACAUAUUCAUAAAUCAUAGAUUUUACAAAGAGCAGCACAAAAAGACAAAGGGGAACAGCCUUAGAGUGGCAAGUGAAUAAACACAAACUCUAAUAAUGAAAUGUUGGCUUGUAUAUACUGGCAUUUAAACUCCAUUCCAUAAAAUGUAAUAAAGUGAAUAUUGGUGAUAUGAACACAAACCCGCAGAGAGAUCCUCUAUUAAAAAAAAAAAAAAGAAAAAAGAAAAAAAUCAUUGCCUUCUUUGUCAAUUUCUUUCUUUAAAACCUAACUAAAAUGCCCUUGUGCACUCCGUAACAGCUGCCAAAUAUUAAUGUUAACAAAAGGAAUUUCUUUGUACAUUAUGGCAGAAGACGUAUGAGUUGCCUGAGCUGCCACUCUCAAUGCUUGCUGUCAAUAGAUGCUGCUUUUUUAUUUUACUUUUUUAUUCUUCCGUGGCUUUGAGAUUGCUCAGGGCUGGUUCUGAGUUACACAUCUGUGCAGCAAAGUGUCAUUCACAGACUGGGCCAAGUGAAAGGCACGUUGUCUUGGAAAGCGUCAGCUCUAUCUGCUGAUUUUGUAACCGUAUGGAGGGAGGGAAAGAAAGUGGUAAGAGAAGGAUAUUUUUUUUCAGUACCAUAUGAAAGUGUUACUAAGGAGCUUCUGGAGUAGACAAAGGAAACACCUAACUUGAAAAAAACCUCAGUAUAUAGAAAUAUGGGUUCCUGCUUUGUUUGCUCUACUUUUACUUCUAGUAAUGGACUUUAUAAAUAAUACACCACGUGUUUGGCUGCUGUAACAUGAGGUCCUAAGUCUGUGGCCUGUCCGCAGGGUGGUCCUGAGGACUGUCAGCAGUCAAAGCUACUCUCAGCAAGGAAUAGAUAGCAGAAGUACAAGACAAAGUAAGUAAGCUGCCUGUGCUCCUACUGCAGGUACAUUGGGCAUAUUGGAGGGACCAAAGUUUCUAUUUUGCAAUUGCACAUUUUAUAGUGAAGCAAGUCAACUCAACUUCCCCAAUACCCUGGAGUAGUCCCGUGUUAUUGCUGGUGUUGCUGUGGUCCCACAUCUGGUUCUUGGCAGAGACAGAUGACCAGCAUGAGCCCAUUUUGUUCUUCAAAGUGGUCAGGAUGGUGCACUGCAAGAUCCUGUCUUUCCUGUCCCUUUCAGAUGUUGUCUAAUAUAAGCUAGAAGCACCACUAAGUUCAAGAUGGGAGACUUUCAUAUUCUGAUAGGUGUAUAAUACAGAGCAAUUUCUGUGUUUCUGGUAUGCUAAGGUAAGCCCUGCUACCCUGACAGACAUCAAAUGGAAAUCUUCCUUUUGCACAAAGGACUGCUAUGUAACGUGUACCCUGCUGGUGAGAGCAAAGCCACAGGUAAGCUCUGGACACAGGCUCUGGUUUGCUUGAGGGGUCAGCCUUGUUGUAUGCUUCAUAGGGAACAAGAGGAGUUCUGAGCAGCUGCCUGUUCUCUGAAAGAUCUCUGGUCUCUAAGGUAAUGAGCUGAGCUGGGAGCUGUUUCAUCUCCCACUGACUACACCUGCCUGACAGCACUGGCACCACGGAUCUGGAACCAAGAUCCACCCCUAACGUUCCCUGUUCCAUCACGAUGCCAGUUUGUGCUCUUGGCCAAAUGGAAACGUGUGAAAGAAAAGGUUUACCUGCUUUUUCUGAGAUGAUUUUGCAGUGAUGGCCUGGUUCGUUGCAACCUUUCCUUAUGAGUAUUUUCUGAAGCUAUACAUUUUGGAAUUCUAUUUUUUUAAAAACAUGCUCUUCAAGCCUUUGCAGAGAAAUGGUUGUGAAUGUAUUUAUAGAAUCUUUUAGGUUGAAAAAGACCCACAGGAAAACAUGCUGCUUUCAGGUGAUGCAAAUGCUUGUAUUUGGUGCAACCCAGAGAAAAAUGAUGCCUUAGAGUAUGCUAUGUAGAGUUGUCCUAGCUAGUGCGGACCAAAGGCAGUCUAGCCACAGCAGCAUCAAGUAUUUUUGGGAUUAUGUGCCUAGUUUAAAAUAUGAAACCACUGCACUACAGAGGAGGGCUAGAACAGAUUAUUACAGCCUGUUUGCAGACCUUGGCUAGAGCCAACGUGCAUGUUAGAGAGUAACUGAGUGAUAGAUACAAAUCAUCUUUGCAUCCAGCAUCAUCCUGCUUCCUUCCACAUCCCCCACCUUUGUUUUUCCCAUCUCCUCUCGUGUCCUCUUCACCCCAGCACAAGCAGGUCCUGUGCUGCAGCAGUCACCAGCUUGAGAUUGAGAUGAUUCUUGCAUUUUGAGGAGGAGGAUGUGUUCAGCUGAGGAAUCCUAUUGUUUCAGAACACGUGGCUUUCAUUAUGAUAUCUGAAAGGUAUUUCUAUAGACAAACACUACCAUCUGCUGCUUGCAUUUUUAAAAGGUUAAUUCCACCUCAAACCUAUUCACUGAAUGAGUAGCAGAAAUCUUAUUUCUUAUUUGCUUCUGGCAUUUAGUGUCACAGCGCGCAGCUAGCCAGAAAACCAUCUUUUCUUGGAAAAGCUGUAUAAUGCUGGUAAUUAGCACAGUUUCACUACAAAUGCUCACUGAAAUAACUUCUGUAUUCAUUGUUUCAAAUUAUGAUCUAGUGUUAUAUCUAGGAUUAGACAACAAGCUUCUUGUAAAUUUGAAGUGAGUAUUAAGUCUGUAAUUAAUACUGCAAUGUUUCCUUUCUUACUUUUGAGUUCUGUGUCCUAAACAGUACAGUUCUUCUGAAAGUUCCUUUUGUAUCAAACUUUUUUAGUUGUCAUGCUAGAGGAGCACUCCAAGAUAAUUCAGUUUUGAACUGCAAGCUGCUUUGGUUGGAAUAAGAAAUCUGUUAUGUCUAAUUUUCUUGGUUGGGUUAAUGCAGAUGCUUUUGACUGCAAACAAUAAAUCCUUAUUUUGAAAGUAUUCAUACAAAGCUAACAUAUGGGUGAUCAUCCCCCCCUGAUAAGCAGUAUUAACAGAAGACUUAUGAACUGUAAACUCAGAGAAGGAAAGCAAAUUAAAUUUUAGCUAUUGUAGUGGAAAUGGUAAGUCACAACCUGAAGCAGUGAUGGAGCACCUGGUGGGAAGGCAGGGCCAUCCCAGGGGAGCUCUGCCAGCAAUGCACCUGAGUAACUGGAAGGGGUGGAGCCAGGAUCCAUCCCU